GAUGAUACCACCCCAUUACAGACCUCAUGUCGAACCGGGAUUUCUACAGUUUCGGGCCUACAAUUUGACAGGAUAUCCGAAUGCUUUGUGCCCAGGUGUAAAAGUUAAAUCAAUUUCACCUGAAUUCUCAUGCAUCGGAGGUCUAUCAAACGACGCAACAAAAUAUGGAACAUGUGGUGACUUUGCAGGAUGGGGAGGAAAAUUAGAUGACAUUAUUGCCCAGUCAUCCGCAAACGGAUCUGCUCAUUCACAGAAUGAUAUUUCGUCUUCCAUCCUCAUAUUUUAUCGCUAGCGUAUUGGCAUGUAUCUGAAAUUCACAGUAAUUUCGUGCAUAUUUGUGUUAUAAUGUUGCUACCUUUCUUUUUUUAUGU